AUGGCAACAGAGGCCGCUCCCGCGGCUCCUGCUCAUAAACAUCGCAGAAUGAGGAAGCGUGUUAGAGCUCGGUCUCCAAUCACAGGACGUCUGCUGCUGGACAAUCAUCUGCGUGGAGAUACUGCUGUGUUGUCCGACGACCUCGUCACCGACUUGUUUCCCAACGUCAAUCUGACAGAAGCCGGACUGAAUAAAGACCCAAACCAAGGAACCCUGUAUAUUGCGAUAUCCCCGUUUACGCCGCAAUAUCAUUCUAUAGACGACGUCCCAUGGACCAUUAUACCUGCUCGAGUACAACCGACCGAAAAGUCGCAAGUCGCCCCGAUUUCGCAUUCCACCGUGCUCUUCCCGGCCUCGGCAAAUUAUCUACAGUCGUUCCUUCAGACCUUGGGCAAGCUCGACCCUACACGUCAUAUACAAUCGUUACGGCCUCUGGAGAUUCGAAUUUUAGACGUCGCUCCGCUCCAUCUUGAAACCAUCUACGUUACAGUAGAGCGAAACCUGUUGCGAAAUCUAGAUGAUGUGCAAAGCAAGUUUGGCGGGGGUUUCAAUGGCCAGGCGCAUGGUAUCAAUGGAUCGUGGCCGAGAGGCAAAGCAAUGGAGGUCAAGCGCUACACAAAGAAAGCAGCCGCCGAAGCUGAAGAGCGACUGACUGCUGCGGUACGUGAGGCCCUGUCCAACCAAAAGGUUGUCCACGUUGGAGACAUUUUGCCGCUUCCAUUGCCCUCGCAUCCUAUAACUCACGUUCCUCCUCCGCCGGCGAAAAUCACCUUCUGCGAGCCUGUUGCGCAGGGAUUAUUGCUUCCUUCUACCAAAAUCAUACUCGUGCAAUCUCGCCCUCAUGGAGCCCGCCCUCAUAAAGGCUACACGCUGUCAGGGGCGAACUUGCUAAAAGGGGCUGUGGAGGAGGAGGCGGAUGAUACUGCAAAUGAGCAAUUCUUCUCAGCCGCUGAAGAUCGCGCUUUGGAAACGGAAAUGGAAAGCACGACUCCGCCAGAUGAUUCCGAGACCGACGCAUCUACAACCAGCGACCAUGAUUCUUCAGACGAUUCCCUCGACGACAUGAUUUCAUUAGCCGCUCCACAACUACCGCAGCAACCCUCAGGCGUCAUGUCGGCUAUGUCUUCUAUGACUCCACGGGCAGGUGGCCGCCGCAUGGACGGUACCCACACACCAGGCUCCGUUAUUUCCACCUUUACCUCAGGUACUGCCCGUCCUGGGCGCAUGGGGGGUAAGACAUUCAAGGCUGAAGGUCUACUGAAUCGAGUUCCAGUGGACUUGCUACAUCCGAAACCCAAAGAUGAGGAUGAUACAGAUGCUUUUAUCUACGUUGACAUCAAUACACUGGUCAAAGUUGGCUGUUUCUCAGGUGACUGGGUCCGUAUCGAGGGAACAGAAGAGCCCUCCUCGAACCCCUUUGCGUCUCUGGCUAUUGGAAGCUUAGGCCUUGGAGAUGAAGAUUCUGGCAACUGGCGAGCUGUUCGCGUGUACGGAAUAUCCGGUUUACCGUCGCCAAAGCCGCGUUACGCAGUGGGUGGAGCCUCAGACCGACGAUCGAGCGUUUCUCAACUACCUGGGCAACGCCUCACCCCGGCUGUCUUCGUACCUCCUAUACUUCUUAGCAAUCUCGAUAAUCCCAAAUACGUGAAACUUUCUCCUCUGCCAUUCGCACCCGCGCAUACAUCUACUCGAGCAGGAGUACACCAACCCUCCAAGUCAACUUCUAGCAAGGCUCCGCCAGUCGCUAAGGAAGUGACUCUUUUAAAAAUUUCUACUCCGUUAUCCUCCGAUCGAUCGAUCCAGCCAGCUUUAUUUGCUGGUUUACGGCGCUAUUUUGAAUCCAAGAAACGACUUGUCAAAAGCGGUGACCUUGUUGGAAUAAGCGUCGACGAAGGGUUGGGUCGAGUUGUUUACUCCGCGACAAAGACCGAAGGCGGAACCGAAGAUGAUUUGACUUCAAAGCUUGGUUUCGUCGCUGAUACUGCCCCCGAGGAAAGUGCAUCUCGAAAAGUUGGUGUGGCUUGGUUCAAAGUUGGCCAGGUGAUUGCACCCCCUUCUGAAGAUCAAGAUGGAGAGGACCAAUGGGGCGGCGUAGCCCUGAUAGAUUCGUCAAGCACACGAAUGGCGCAGGCUGGCAGUCUGAUCAGCAGGAUUCCAGGAACUUUGAGAAGUGGAUGGGAAUAUUGGCUGGGAGUCAAGCGUCUUCCUAGAGCACACAGCGAUGUACCCCAAUCGCAUGGUAUCGUGACCGAGCUACCGAAAUUUUUUACUUCUCCAAUUCAGAAUAGGGUCAGAGAGUUGAUUACUGCUGCGACGAGUCCUCGUGCUAUACAACUAGGGAUGCCUCCUGUUGUCAUUCUUCUGACGUCGACCCAAAGACAUAUUGGAAAGACAACGUUGGCCUCACGUGCAUGCGCAGAAAUCGGUCUCCACGCAUUUACUCUAGAUGCAUAUGAUAUACUAACAGAAGGCGGUGCCAAUGGCGGCGAUGUCAAGACCGAGGCAUAUAUGAAAGCCCGGGCGGACAGAGCAUUCGCUUGUGGUCCCCAUUCCACAGCUUUAAUCAUACAACAUAUCGACGUGCUCACGGCUGACAGAAUCGUGACUGCUAUGAAGGAGAUCGUUUCAGAAUCUCGCGUGAUCAUUGCAACUACAACUGAUGUGGAUAAGAUACCGGAGGGAAUUCGGAGUCUUUUUACGCACGAGCUGGAAAUGACUGCGCCUGAAGAAAAGGAGCGAGAGGGUAUCCUGCAUAAUGCAGUUAUCGAUCUUAGUGUUAAGAUUGCUCCAGAUGUGGAUCUUGCAGCGGUUGCCGUGAAGACGGCCGCGCUCGUCGCGGGCGACUUGGUUGACGUCGUCGAACGCGCUUCUCUCGCAAAGCUUGACCGUCUUGAAAAGCUCACUCGAGCAGCAAAUGGAGCAGUGACGCUGCGUGAUGUACAGCUAGCUGGUGGUGAUGCAGCACGAUGCGUUACCAAAACCGACUUUGAUCUGGCAGUUGAUGCUGCCAGAAAGAAUUUUGCCGACUCAAUCGGGGCGCCCAAAAUUCCCAACGUCACUUGGGACGAUGUUGGCGGUCUUAGCAAUGUCAAAGAUGCUGUCAUGGAGACUAUACAGCUUCCUCUGGAGCGGCCGGAACUGUUCGCCAAGGGUAUGAAGAAACGAAGCGGUAUCUUGUUUUAUGGACCUCCUGGAACCGGCAAAACUCUUCUAGCCAAGGCUAUUGCGACUGAAUUCUCAUUGAACUUCUUCUCUGUCAAAGGACCCGAAUUGUUGAAUAUGUAUAUUGGUGAGUCUGAGGCUAAUGUCCGCAGAGUGUUCCAGCGAGCUCGGGAUGCCCGUCCAUGUGUCGUCUUCUUCGACGAGUUGGAUUCAGUAGCGCCUAAGAGAGGAAAUCAAGGUGACAGCGGUGGUGUUAUGGAUCGAAUUGUCAGUCAGCUGCUUGCAGAACUAGACGGUAUGAGUGGCGGGGACGAAAAUGGUGGUGGUGUAUUCGUCAUCGGUGCUACCAAUCGGCCGGAUCUACUGGACGCUGCCUUACUACGCCCAGGUCGUUUUGACAAGAUGAUUUACUUGGGUAUCUCCGAUACACACGAUAAACAGACGAAGAUUCUUGAGGCUUUGACACGAAAAUUUACUCUCAAUCCGGAUGUGUCGCUCGCGCGCGUCGCCGAGCGAUUGCCAUUUACAUAUACUGGUGCCGACUUGUACGCUCUCUGUUCUGAUGCAAUGCUAAAGGCCAUCACUCGACAAGCCACGGCUGUCGAUGACAAGAUCAAGGCGCUACCUGAUGGGCCAGUCAGUACUGCAUACUACUUUGACCAUCUUGCCACGCCGGAGGAUAUCAAUGUUAUGGUGACGGAAGACGACUUUUUGAAUGCUCAGAAUGAGCUUGUCGCUAGUGUCAGUGCCAAGGAACUCGAGCAUUUCGAGCGCAUCCGUCAAUCAUUCGAAUCAUCCACUACCAAAGAAACAGAAUCAUCUCAGCCACGCACCAUCGCUGAUGCGAUUGAAGGCCUCAGCUUGGGCGGCGAGAUUGUCGCGAACGGGGGUCCUGUCAUGAAUGGUGACAACAAUCAUAUCCACAAAGGCAUGGGCUCAAGACAAUCCAGCAACAAUACCAAAGGCAAGAGUGGUCGCAUAAUGCUAUCCGGCAGCGGCAAGGGCAAAGUUAAGCCGACCAUCAACGGCGGGGGAGACUCUGAUUCCUCAUUUGACGGGUAUCAGCCUAGUCUACGAAGUGAGAGCACUCACUCACGGAAUUAUGAUGUUGGCGAAGAGGCAGAUGUCGAUGGCAUGGAAGACGGAGAUGCGGAUGAUUACCUUGUGAAAACGGACCAUCUGGCUCAUGGUGAUUGA